AUGGACACUUUCGAGUGGGCCGAAGACUACGCAGCCCUUUGCUCGCAUUUAAACAUUUCUGUGGGUUUUGGGCCCCACGGAAAGGAACUUAGAGCCAAAAAAGACUUGAAACCCGGCGAAGUUUUCUUAAUCGAGGCCCCCCUGGUGGCCUGGCCCGUUGCCGCUUCUGCUGCUUUCUCCAGCUUCACCCUCUGCGAGAACUGCCUCAAGAUAAAGCCCUACGAGGGCCCCGGGCCAGACCCCACGCAGCCCAAGAAGCAACAGCAGCAGCAGCAGCAGCAGGAGUGCGCGGGGGCUGCAGCAGCAGCAGCAGCGAAGCAGCAAAGUGCAGCGGGAGAAGCAGCAAAUGGAGCAGCAGAAGACACUCUAGAUGAAGAGCAGCAGCCCAUUUGCAUGCACGAUGCUGAAGGCAAUCUGCUUUGGUUCUGCAGCCCCCGCUGCCACCAGCAGGCCUGGGGGCAGCCGCUGCGGGCAGCAGCAGCAGCAGAAGCAGCAGCAGCAACAGCAGCAGACGCAGCAGCAGCAGCAGCAGAGAAGGAGGGGGCGCCCGCAGAAGACUCGCCGGAGUCGGCGCUCCGCAAGCGGGACCCCCAAGGCUGCCUCAAGGCCCCUUCCCCUAGCAGCAGCAGCAGCAGCAGCAGCAGCAGCAGCAGCAGCAGCAGCAGAGGGCCGUGGGCGUUUGGCUGGCAGGAAAUUCUGUCCCCCGCUGCUCUGCGCACGCUGCGGGGCCUGGACCAGCAGCUGCGUCCCCCGCUGGAGGCAGCGCCAGCAGCAGCAGCAGCAGCAGCAGCAGCAGCAGCAGCAGCAGCAGAGAACGAGAACCCGAUAGGCCUGGAGGCCCUCGGGCGAGUGGUGGCCCGCAUUGCAGCAGCAGCAGCAACUUUGCGCAGCACGGGAUGGGCCCCGGAAGCAGCUUAUGCUGAGGCUUGUAGGCCGUUUUUGCGGCUUGCUGCUGCUGCUGCAGCAGAAGCAGCAGCAGCGUUUGACGUGGCGGGGGCUGCUGCAGUGCUGCAGCAGGUGAUGGGCGAGGCCGUUGCUGCUGCAGCAGGAGCAGCAGCAGCAGCAGCAGUUCUCGGAGAAGCAGCAGUGGCCCACCUUUUUGGGGCCCUCAUGAGAAAUGCGCAGCUGCUGCUGAUUUGGGGGGCCUCGGACUGCGGCAGUUUGCUGCUGCUGCGUGCUGCAGGGGUUUUCGUGCUGCAGUCCUGCUGCAACCACAGCUGCAGCCCCAACUGCAGCACGGAAAAUGCUGCUGCUGCUGCCAUUUCCCUCGCAGCAGCAAAACCUGUUGCUGCUGGAAGUGAAUUAACUGUCUCUUAUGUGCCUCUGGCUUUGCCGCGGCAGCAGCGCCAGGCCCUCCUCAGCAGCUACGGCUUCGUUUGCUGCUGCCCCAGGUGCGAGGCUGAGGCGCAGCAGCAGCAGCAGCAGCAGCAGCAGCAGCAGGAAUAG